AUGCAGCAGCCUCAGGUCUACCAAGCCGCACCGCAGACUGUCUACUUUGCUGGUAACAGCACCCACCCCAACGCAGGAACCACCUCCAGCGCCCAAAUCAUGAUCGGAGCUGGAGCGCCUAAACCAGCUGGCACACCACAAGUCGCCAGCAGUCAGGUCUUCUAUGUAGGCUCGCAGCCGGCGACCGCUGGC